AUGACAAGCUCGGCUGCACCGGAGUUGGAACUCCCCCACCCGCCACAAGCGACCCAUUCUGUAGCUUCGGUAUCGCAAGAAAAGGAAUUAAGCGACAAGGCCACUGAAACAACUUCUGACAAGGCCACCGCAGCAUUCAUCCGCCGGGUCCUUUGCUCCCACGACGUCCUUCUAGGGAACGGCGAGAGGGGUCGCAACACGCCACGACCGAUCGAAGAUGUACUGCCGCCCUUGUCUAGCUCAAACGAGGUUGACUUGCAGCUCUACGGCAUCAUAGCUGUGAUAAUUAAGGAGUUCGUACAGACGUGGUACUCCAAAAUUACCCCUGACCAUGUGUUCGUUAACGAAGUAAUCCAAAUCAUCGCACAUUGCACGAGGGCUUUAGAGCAACGUUUACGAGACGUUGAUUUGGAAGCUCUUCUCCUUGAUGAAAUCCCUGGACUGCUUGAGGAGCACCUCAGCGGUAUCCGUCUCGCGAAUCAGCAGGCUUCUUCGCAGCACUCGUUAGUCACCGACCCUCGUGUUGUCUACCACGCUCUUCACCCGCACCCUGCACUAUUCCCUGUGCCGACUGAUGCGAUACCAUCCAGCAUCGCCGAGCAGCGGGAGAGUGAGUCUGCGUGGCGUCAACUACUCAUCCAAGGUGUCCUGGCUGUGCUCCUCCCAACCGAGGAUUUGGAAAAUGGCUGUUUGCGAGCCUUAGUGGCCGAAAUUUUCGCGGAGAUGAUCCUUGGCAACGGCAUUAGUGGAAAGGCUUGCGAGGGGUGGUUGCUGUGGGAAGGUAUCACCAGAAUUGCUGAGGUUCUACAGCAUCCUGGUGCUAAAGAAGAGGACUCCCAAUCACACGACAGCCUAGAGCAGCCGCUGAGCCGUCUGGAACGCUAUGGCUUGCUCGCUCCGCCAGUUGCAGAGCAUGAUGGCUCUUCUCACAUGCCGUUGGGCAACACGAACAAUUAUCAAAAUGCUCCCAUCCCUGCUAAUGGACUGUUUUGGAUGAUAAUCCAAUACAUGUUUCUGGCGGGUACAGCGUUGCGCGCGGCGAUCGGCAUGAUCGCGACAUCUUCGUCCUUACCGCUAAGAUCUGCCAUCGCAACUGGCGGUCAAUCAGCUGUCGAAGCAGACCACCAGACCCCACUUGCAGAGAGCGGCAAUCGUGCUGAGACGCAACUGCUGACCUCUAAGCGGCCUAUAGUCAGCAUGAAGUUGUGGAGUUGUGCGUCGCAACUUGUUGAGCUCGAUACACGCAUGCCUUGGCUUUCAGGUUUCAUAUCCAUGAUCCGUUGGGGAGUGUUAGCUGGCCCAGGACGAUUGGCCAAUACGAAUGGUAUAUUGGACAGGUGA